AUGAUGAACGCCACCUAUCGUGAGACAUACCAACCCGUGAGCGCAAACCGACUCAGCGCCGAACUCGAAGCGGAAAUUGCCGCCGUAGCCCAGAGCUGCGACUGCAAGCUGCUGCACGCCGAGUUCCACGGGAAUGUCUUGCAGGUCGUCUUAGAUCAUCCAGACGGCACCACCCUGCAGCACUGUGAAGCGGUCUCCAGGCAGCUCUCCCCCAUCCUCGACCUGAACGACUUCGGCGGCGGCAAGUACCUUCUAGAGGUCAGCUCGCCCGGUCUCGACCGGCAGCUCUUCAGUCCAGAAGACUACCGUCGGUUCCGUGGUCAUUACGUUCGUCUGACUUAUUUGGGCGACGAACCAUCGAGCCGGGAAACAGCUAAACAGCAAACAGCAGGCAAGCGGACGGUGGUCGGCGAGUUGCGCGACUUCACCGACCAGUUUGGCGGCGCGGCGCAAAUUACGGUCGCCGACACCGGCGAGCAGGUUGACAUCCCUUUGAGCCAGAUCCAGACAGCACGUCUUGAUCUCGAGCAGGAACUGGCCCUCGGUCCCACCGGCGGGAGGGCUUAG